UAAAUCUCCUCCGGCCGGCAAGAGAGUUACUACCCCAGACUCUCUCCCCGGCUCACUGCGGGGAUUGUUCUCGAUUUGGUGACAGGAAGGAUGACCCUUUGAGUGACUGCAUUUCACGACUGUGUCACUUCAGCCGUGAUAAACCCAGUAGAGACGCUUCAAGAACUGCUCAGUCCUGGAGUGGAGGAAUUGUGUGAAGACGCAGACGCUUUACCCUGAGACGAGGGCAGAAGUUUUCGUUACAGGGAUCCUGUAGUUUGCUAAGCAGCAGUUUCUCCCGACAUGAGCCACCACAAAUCUCCUCAUCGGACAGAUUGAGCCCAUGCUUUGCGCCCUGCAACUGUAUUAAGAAGAAGGCGAACACAGAAAGCUUGGUCCCACAGAAUUAAGAGGAAGACUUAUGAGGCAUGGAAUCUUCCAUUGGGUUUGGAAGAAAGUAGAGUGAAUGCAGAGAUGCCAGACUGCCACUAAAACCCACGGACAAUUCUGCACUCACAUUUCUCUAUCGAACUUUAAGAUUUGUUAGUAAUAUGCUGCCUUUGCAAGAUGAAAAGAAACUAAUGCCAAGCAGGCAUAUUCUUCAAUAUCUGGAAUAGAUGUGCUUUCAAGAUCAUGGCUUCAAAGGUCUCCUGUUUGUAUGUUUUGACAGUUGUGUGCUGGGCCAGCGCUCUCUGGUACUUGAGUGUAACUCGUCCGACUUCCUCCUACACUGGCACCAAGCCAUUCAGCCACCUAACAGUUGCCAGGAAAAACUUCACGUUUGGCAAUAUAAGAACUCGACCUAUAAACCCACAUUCUUUUGAAUUUCUCAUAAAUGAACCCAACAAGUGUGAGAAAAAUGUUCCUUUUCUUGUUAUCCUCAUCAGCACCACCCACAAAGAAUUCGAUGCCCGCCAGGCAAUCCGAGAGACCUGGGGGGAUGAGAACAACUUCAAAGGGAUCAAGAUAGCCACCCUCUUCCUCCUGGGCAAGAAUGCUGAUCCUGUCCUCAAUCAGAUGGUGGAGCAAGAGAGCCAAAUCUUCCACGAUAUUAUCGUGGAGGACUUCAUUGACUCCUACCAUAACCUUACCCUCAAAACAUUAAUGGGGAUGAGAUGGGUGGCCACUUUUUGUUCAAAAGCCAAAUAUGUCAUGAAAACAGACAGUGACAUUUUUGUAAACAUGGACAACCUUAUUUAUAAACUACUAAAACCCUCCACCAAGCCAAGAAGAAGGUAUUUUACUGGCUAUGUCAUCAAUGGAGGGCCAAUCCGGGACGUCCGCAGUAAAUGGUAUAUGCCCAGGGAUUUGUACCCUGACAGUAACUACCCACCAUUCUGUUCAGGGACUGGCUAUAUCUUUUCAGCUGAUGUGGCUGAACUCAUUUACAAGACCUCACUCCACACAAGGCUGCUUCACCUUGAAGAUGUGUAUGUGGGACUGUGUCUUCGAAAACUGGGCAUACACCCUUUCCAGAACAGUGGCUUCAAUCACUGGAAAAUGGCCUACAGUUUGUGUAGGUAUCGCCGAGUUAUCACCGUGCAUCAGAUCUCUCCAGAAGAAAUGCACAGAAUCUGGAAUGACAUGUCAAGCAAGAAACAUCUCAGAUGUUAGAAUUUUUACUGAUGUAAAUAUGUUUGUUUUCUUUUUUAAGAAAUGGGGCCUAGGGUGUUGGUAUUUUACAAGCGUCACCAGUGGAUAUGAACUGGUGAAGGGGUUUUGUAAAAAGUUUUCUUCUUUCCCCUCCUAGUUCCUUUCUUGGAUUAUCAAUUUGCAAACAUUAGGCUCUGGUCAGAGAAACAAUACCUGAGUUAGAAGGGCCAGAUUUCAUUCUCAGGUCCUAAGGAAUUGCAUUUAUCCCAAAAAACAACUUCCUAACAACUGCUAGGAUUUCCAUACUGUGCAUCUGAGAUAAAAAUGUGGUUCUGGGAAACUGAAACUCACGGUAAUGUCUGCACAUCGUCUCUGCAAAAAUAAAUAAAUAAGUAAAUAACGCUUUUUCAAAAACAAUUCAGAAAUAAUGCACUGUCAGGAAGACACACUGGAUGUGAUUAUUAAUACUGCGUGUGCUGUUACAUUGAAUUUUUCCAUAUAUUGCCAUGUAAUGUGUACAGUAUUUGCAAUUCCACCAAGAAAUGAACUUAGUACUGGUAGGGAGGCUGCAGUUAAAUAAAUGGAAAUUUAAACUUGAGUAUCAAAUAUUCAGUAUGUUUGGAAGAAAACUCUGCUUGCUCAUCCAAGGAUUAAACCUGGUCAGUGGGUGGAAUGUAUAUAAAAUGCUACUUAACAAAAUAAAAGAGAAUGUUUUUUUUCUUUUUUGCUCUUUCAGAACAAACAGUACAUGGUGCCUCCAAGGAGACUUUGCCAAAUAUAAUCUCACCUGCUCCCUCCAUACAAUGCCGCUAAGUGCAUUUUACAUUUUCUGGCUCAGGCGAGCACAUGUGUAGAACUAAGUUGGUAGCAGGCCAGAAGAAGAAUAAAUCACACAGAGAAAAUACAAAUUUAAAUAUGCAUUAUAAUUACCAUAAGCUUAGCAAUAGUAUAAGAUGCCCCUCCCACACAUUUGCAAAGCACGUGAGAAACUCUUUUAAGGGGUACCAAUGUUAUCAAAUGGAUUUAGCCCUACAGCUGAUAGAUGCAAUUCUCUGUAACAUCCGAAACAUCUAAGUAUGUCUAGCAGCUAUGCUGUUAGGAGUGUUUUACAGGCCUUGUAAUUGAGGUUCAUGGGAAGGAAGGGUGGGGAAGCCUGGGUUCAGGUUCUGUUGAUGCCAACAUACUUAUUGGGUCGUGAACAGACAUCUUAACCUUGCUCUGUUUCAACAUACUCAUUUAUAAAAUGGCUGGAAAAAACACCUACCUCACAGGUGCUGUGAGAGAAUUGCAUUUGCUAAGUAUUUCAAGAUCCUUAGUUCGAAAGGUGCUACGUAAUGCAAUGUAUCAUGCAUUAUGCUAAAUGCUAAAAUAAUUACAUAAUUAACAACGAUGGUGAUCAGUAGUAGUAACAUCAUCUUAAUAUAAAAUCUGCCAAAAUAAAGAUCAAAUAUGAACUAUUAGUGCACCUGAUUCUCCUAAGACUGAUUUUUCCUUGGAUAUAAGUUAGAUGUUUGGGAAGCUUCCAUUUCUCUGUCAUUUCUUCCAGUUUCAAUGAAGAAGUUAUCACUUUAGUGCAAUGCCUUGAUAUCCCAGGAUGCUAGAAGUGAAGGCAGCUGCCUUCCUUUGGGGAGGAGCCUCUGUCUGGGGUUAUAGCACAGUAGUUGAAGCACAUGCUUUGCAAAUGUAUCACAUCAACUUAGAUCUCAAGAAACAUUUGAUCUGAAUUCUCAGUAGAACGUUAAGGACAGGUAGAGCUCGUCCACCGCGAUCAGAAGAAGACUAGGCACUCAGCAAACCCACACACUGCACCUCGUCUACCAUUCAAUUCAUUAGAAAACUUGUUUGUUUUCAUUCAAAGAAAGCCCCACAACUGAAAGAGUAGACCUUUUCUUUUUUAACCCGACCCUUGGAAGCUCCCCUAGAUGUUGAUAGCAAACAGGUAGACAAAAUGAAGAAGUGGAAGUCAUGGCCUAUUCUUGAAAACACUGGAUCUCUCAUCCCCAGCCCCAAGAACCCAAUAUGAGACAGGCCUUCUCGUCCCUUAAUAUAGCUUUGUCUUACACUCAGCAAGACUGCUGAAUUUGAUUAGAAAAUAGCAUUAGGUAGCCUGGGGAGCAGCACAAGGUGAGCCACUCUCCAAUCCCCAACCCUCAACUGCUCUGCAUUCUGAUCACUGGGAAAGUCUCAUGACUUUGUAUUUGGUUCGCCUUUCAUUCGUGCAGCCAAAUCCAGCCUCUGUUUCAUACCACCAUCUUGCAUCUACUUUAUGCUCAGCCAAGCCACCUUCAGUGUCAAGGAAUUGCACAGUAUAAACAUCAUACCUGUACAUUUACAAAUUGUUUUAUAUGUGUGUGUGUGUGUGUGUGUGUACAUUAUGAAUAGAGCCCUAAUCUUAAAAAGGAGCAAAAAUCAGAGAAUCGUAUAUCUUAAAGAACUAUUUCCUAACUUUUUUUAUGCUAGGUAGUGCCCAUGUGACAAACAUGUAAAUAUACACCAAAAACUAUAUGUAUAUAUUUUGAAGGCAUUUUUUUUUCUUCUCCUCAACUGUUCGUAUAGCUAGAAUCUGCUUGCUCUGUAAGAUUUUCAUCUGCAUGGAGCUUGGUGAGGCAAGGCCAUUCGUCCAGUGUUUCAAUAGACUAAAGCAUGUGUGACCUUUGUUUUUUGAACGUUCAAAAAAUGUUUAAGUCAAAUGAUAAGAAAAAGCUCUAAUUUUCUACUUUUGUUAACUUUAUGAUACUGGCAAAAUUAUGGUUUCAACUAUUUGUUGUCAUUUUUUUAAAAUGUAUUAUCAUUUCUCCGACAUAAAAUAAUGGUUCAGACAAUAUUGUACCAGGAGUCAUUCACACAAUUUUUACAAAACCUUCUGACGGUGCCUGCACCUCUUUUGUUCAUUGUGCAUUGAAUAACAAAAGGUAUCAACAAUCAGUCUCUAUAUUCUUAACAUUUCUUUUUUAAAUUUAUUUUUGGAAAAAAAAGUUUUAUCUUUGGUGGCUAGUUUGUGUGGCUUUGUGUCUUCUUAUAUUGGAGCAAAUGCCAGUUUCAAUAUAUAAUAUUGUAUUUUUAAGUAGCCAGAAUCAAAAAAUGAAGAUCAUUUCGAUUUGGAUUAAAUUCAGAAGAACAAAACCCCUUUGCGUGAUAUGGGGAAAACAAACUCUUUACAGAGAAGCCAAGGAAGGAGUUUUUCAAUCAAAUCUCUUCUAUCAAAAGACAAUGGAAUAUUUACAUAAAACACCUGGGACUCAUUUUCUACCUUUCCUAAUAUGUAGGUUUAGUGGGGGAAUUGAUUAUGUCAUUUCUUCUGUAAAGGUGUUGAUAGUUUUUAUAAGCAACAAGGUAACUUGUGAAUGAAAGAAGAAGUAAUUGACUAGAAACGCUUGUUGAUGAUUAUUGACCUUUAGGUAUAUCGUUAUAUAUGAAUGAUUGUAUUUAUGUAUUUAUUUGUCAAAAUUGUACAUAUUAUUUCGCCAAAUGUAAUUGUCUGUAAAAGUGCAUUCUCCAGGUUUGUAGUACGAUUUAGGGUUACAUGGGUUGCCAAUCAAGCUGCUAAUCAGAACACUAUUUUUUGUAUCAAUGUUAUAAAACUGAAAAAUGACAAAUAGCUGCUGAAGAUGUCAGUUUCUUCACCUUCCUCCUGAAAUGUAAACUGUUGAUUGAAAGCACUAUGCUAAUGUAUAAGCCCAUCUGUCAUGAGGAAGAUUAUGGUUCCAUAAAGCUGAUUUUUUAAACCAUUGGGACAAAUAAACAGAAGGAGAACACA